CGACGGUGCGAAAGUGGAUGGAUGAAUUGUGAGCACGCAAGCGCAGUUAGGAUGGCCGAUCGCGCCCAUGGACACUGCACGGUUGAGGUUAGUACCAAGUCCCUCAAGUAAACACCUCCCCCCUCCGUUUCCUUCCGCUCUCUUGCUUCCAGUCUGUCUUAUGAUUUCUAUUCCACCCGCACCGUUCAAGCUUCUGUCCUGCCCGUGGCGCGCUUUCACCUCCCCUUGCGCCAGCGGGUGUGACACCUCUGCCGUCGCGUUCACAGACAUCCAGGAUUGAACUGGUUUUGAACGAAGCUCUGAAUCAAAAUUAACGCUGUCAAUCUGUCCAACGUUCAGGCCUCGAUCGAUAACCAUCCGGAGGGGAAGGGUGUUGACGCGCUCGAGACCGAUCGCCAGCUCGAACUAUCGCUUCAGUCCAUGUGCGCCGACCCCCACGUGGUCCACCAACAUAAAAGCCCCCGUCGCAAACAUGCGCGCACCAUCGGUGACUCCACCGCCGAUGAACCCGAAUCCGAGUCGGACGAUUCCGGUCGAUUUGACGAUGCCGAAGAGUCGAAUUAUCCCUCCCGCGUGCAGAGUAGAUCCCCGUCCGUUCAUUCGGCAAAGCGACGGCGGUCGAAUGAGUGGCCUUUACAGUUGGAGAACGGCGGCGAACCUUCGAUGCCGCAAGAUAAUGAUGAUCAACAACAUCCUGUCCAAAGGGCUGCAGGCAACAGCAACAAGACGGGCGGGCACCGGAAGCCGUUCCAGACUGCAGUGGGUAAGAUCUCUCCACGGACGUCAAUGGGAUCCGGCCGGUUCGGUCGCCAGGCUGGUGCGUCCGGUCGGGGCCGACGAUCGCGGUUCGUCGAGGGAACAAUGAGCGACAGCGUGAGCGAGAAGCCACCGAGUAUCUUCCUGCGCGAUGAUGCACGCCACGCGGGAAAUGGUACGGGCCAGCAAAGGGGCUCGGGCAUAUUCCGGUUUGGAAAGGCGAUUGCCUCCGCCUUCAAUCCCUUCGGCGCUUGGGGGUGGAAAAACAAUGCUGAGGCCAACAAACAGCCGGACGAUCCGCUUGCUCAGGCAGAGCGGGCCUACGCGGAGCUCAAGCGCUCCGGAUACAAGGGUACAGUCAAGGGCAGCUAUAUACGGAGUUUGGACGGGGAGUCUGGAGUUCCUCCCAAAUCCUGGAAUCCCAUCCCAGAGCCAGCGACUUACCGGCCCAUGGCGCAUCAUGCGAGACAGAACUCGGGAGAAGGGAACGAGUCCGGAGGGUCUAUUCGAUCCUCGUUCCAGGAGCUGCGCAAGGCCAAGUCAUCCUUGGGCAUUCCAUACAUUAAGCGCUUGGACUCGAACAAGCUUUCAUCCGAGGAACAGCCGGAUGGCGCAGAAGUGCGACGACAGAAGUCGCGUAAAGAGCUUCAGCGACAGGCCAAGCUGAUGAAGCGCGUGAGCGACCUGGAGCUCAAGUUACAACGGGCGCGUCGGGAAUUGCACGACUUGGUUGGCGACGAGGAAGAAGUGCAGGAACCGACUCCCUUUCUCGACAAACCAUACUCUCGCAAAUUUGUCCCCGGCGCACUUCCCUCGCUCCCAUCGGAGCGGUUGUUGCACGGUAAUAGCCGGCCGACAUCCCCGACUUCCUCUCGAGCCGUGUCGACACCUUUACUCUCCCUGGCGGAGAACAUUCACCAGAAUGAGCCUGUCGAAUCGCAGCAGAAAACCACACCAAGCAAGCCUAUAACCGGUACGCAGCAGCAACAGGAUGGUAUGACACCACGAACACCUAAGGAUCCCCAGCCCCAAUCGUCUUUGACCGCAGACAGUCCCACACUCAAACGCAAGUCGCCAGACCCUGCAUCUCUAAAAAAGAUCCAGCCUGAACCGACGCAACAUAUAGACAACCGCCAAUAUUACGGAACAGCCGGUACACCCACUCCUCGUAAGCCCAAACUGCCGAAAAUGGGCCCCGGCGACAGCCCCGGCUCCGUCGAGCGAAAGCAUUCUGCUUCCAGUCGUUCCCCGAAUACUCCCAGCGAGGAACGCGGCCGCAGACGCUCCACCCCCCUCCGAUCAUCACCCAGCAACCCUCGCUCGCCUUCAGCAGUGGCGGCGCGUAGACGCGCCUCAAACUCCAGGAACCGUGCCCCCCAGCCUCAGCCUAGCCUGCGGAUGAAAAAGGGCCGCCCAGAUCUGCGAUCAGCCAGUGCGGGCGAGAGCCAAAUGCUGCCUAGUCCGGGUAAGGCGGAUGAGCACGACAAGGAAAAUCAGCAGGCUCAGCUGCAGCUGUAUAGCAGCAGCGUCGCGCUGGUGAAGGCGGAUCAGUCCGAGGAGAUGGCCAUAACGACGACUCUGGCAUCCGGGGAGGUAAUGACCAGCCCCAGUCCCAGUUCGUCUCCGAGUAAAAAGAAGUCGGCUCGCUACGAGUACAUCCCGCCUGUGCCACCGCUCCCGAAGAACCUGUCUGCCACCGCGGCGAAGGUAGACCGACGGCUGGCGAAGGAGAUGGGCAAGAAGCGGGAGGCGCGGGAUCGCGAAAAGGCGCAGGCACAGCCCCAACCCCAACCCCAGUCGCCAUUGGGACAGAAGCUUGAGACCGUGGGAGCGGGCAAGCGGUUGGGCUCGGGCGGUGCGCACAGCUUCCAAUGGCCGGAGGACUUUUUCUGAAGUGCUUGUUAGCUUUGGCCGUGAGGUUGUUGCGGUGGAGUUGAUACCCCCGUUGCUUGAUGUUUUGCAUGUUUUGUCUUGGUGUAUUGUCUGCUGGUCAUUGCCAUGCACCAGUACAAGUACAUGACAUGAGCCUCUGAGUCGAUUAGUCAUGGAAAGACCCUUGCUUUCGUCUAGUAUGGCGAUGGAGAUAAGGGCAGGAUAUCCGUUUUUCCUAUGUCCAUUUUCCUACUACUAGUACUACUUUUAAUGAACGUAAUGACGUGAUGAC